AUGUCAGACGGCAGCGCGCGCGCACUUCCAAGUGCAAGAGGCGACGGCGGCGAGUCGCGUCGCGAGCUGCUUCCUUCUAGAGGUGUCCACGGUCGCUCGCAUCGAGGCCACAGCAACGAGAGCAGUCGUGCAAAUGUCUCAAGCGCGACGUUGUUUCCGAAUGACGUUGUAGCCAAGUAUCAAGUGACGAAAGUGUCGUGGAGGGGCAAGUACGAGCGCAUCUUGGCGAUCGCGCCCACGUGUUUCGGUACGAUGGACCCGAAAGACUGUGAAGUUACCAAUACGUGGCCGCUCUCGGCGCUACUGACUGUUCGUCUCGACGCGUUGGACGUCCAGAGCUUUGCGCUGGUCCUACGAGGUGCAAAAAAGGACGAGCAACUGAAGUUACGCUGUCGUUUUCGGUCGAAACUGCUGUCGGAUCUGUAUCAAGUCAAGGAACAGUACCAGUUGCUAGAUGUGCGGCCUGACGCGGGCUUUGAGUGCACCAAGUGGUUGCGGGAUGGCAACACGCUGAGCUGUGAGUUACGUGUGGGGUUGAGUGGCGUCACUGUCUUUCACUCCGACGUCGUGCGGUCGACGUACUUGUACACGGAGAUGGAGCACUUGACACUGCUUACAGACCCGGAGGACGGGCUCGCUAUUGGGUAUACAGGACGCAGUAGGUUGUUCUUUAGUCCUGUGAGAAGACAGCUGUACCAUUGCAUCCAUACAGCCGCUCAAGCUAUUGGAUGUGAGAUUCAGAUGAAAGAGAAAGCGAUGGCAGAGCAAAUUCAGGAAGAAAGAGCGGGUUACGGGCUGAAUCACGGCAGGCCGUGUGUGCAGUUUCACGUGAUGAAACGAACACCAAAGCACAGCAAUCUGCGUGCACGCAUUCUGUCUCUGCACGAGAAGGUAUUUCUCGAGCUGGAUGAGAAGGGGAAGGUCGUUGCAUGCUAUAACUACUCGGAUGUGUACGUUCUCGUGCGAGACGCAACGAGUGCAGAGCGAUUCGAAACUCAUUUUCGCAACGACCAGGUGCGGACUUACGUGGCAAAAGACCGGGAUGAUAUCUUGAGUGCCUUCUACGACAUUUGCGUAACUUGUGAAGAGAGUCCCGAGUUGGUUAUUACCAGUGUGGGAAAUCAGCGCGGCCUGCGUUUUCUACCUGCUUCUGCUGUGGAAGAUACGACCGAGUCGUUGUCAUUUUUUAAUGACCCUUCAAUUGGAAGCUGGUACCUUCAGCGCUUUGGAUCAGUGAAGAAGCUCGGGAGCUCACUAAAAGUUGGCGACAGAGGUUUUGUUGAUAUUGUAGCUGAAUUCAAUGCAAACGUUCCUCCAAGCGGUAUUCCAUAUAAUGCAAAGAACGUGGUCAUUAGCGAUGCUUUGCGGCCAAUGUGCGCUCAACUCUAUUGCGUUGCAAAGACGAAGCCCGUUCCGGAACGCUCUGCUACGAUUUUACUUCAGGCACUAUUCCGCAUCUCAUCGUCUUACUACGGUUUUCGUGGAGUUGGACGAGCUGACAGGAUUUCGGAGACGAUCACGAAUUUGUUAAUCAGUGGCGAAGAGUUUGUUGUAUUUUGGACAACGCUUCUAUUGAGACGAAUGAUGACACAUAGUUCCGUGACGUCGGCUAACUUCGAUCCGUCCUUGUUGGGAGAUUGUGACGAGAUAGAAACGUAUAACAAGAAGGUUUUUCUUGCGAACCCGAACCUGGCGCAGUCUCUCAUCGAUAGUCUGGAAUGUAUUAAUGCGGACUCGAGCGGUGAGAACACAUAUCUCAGGUCAAAACUUGGCCCACUUGCUAUGAUGGGGUUGCUUCAGGCACUUGAGGUCUGUCUUUGCUCGCGAGCUUGUACAACUGGCUCAGCCGAGUUUGCCUCCUUGGUGAAGGGAGUGGCAAAAUGUUACAACACACUGCUAAAGGAGCUUUGCCACUCUCGCUGUGCAACUACCGUCGAGGCGUGUACUAUGCUGCUGAAGACUACGCUCGAAGAAUGCGGGCCUGGUGAAUCGUCGGCCAUUCGGAAUAAAGCGCUGACAGAAGGUAUGGUGCUGGAGCAUUUUUACCAGGCACUGUUUGACCAGUCAUUUGACCAGAGGUGUGUAAGUCGAUACAUGGUGUCCAUAUUAAUGAGCCAUCACGCUGCAUCAGAGCAGCUCCUGUCACGGAUGAUCCCUUCGGGUCUAUUUCGGUUGUUGAAGGAAGCUCCUGGUACACUGGAUCAGGCAGUGGCUUACGACCGACUUGAACGCGAAGCCAUGGAGGCAGAACGGCAAGGACGCUUGCCGGUGUACAACUGUGAUAGCUGCGUGUCUCCCACGGGCGGUUCGACAUGCCAGAAUGAAUUGAAUGAUUGGCUUCCUGCUGGCGGGGUGAGCACUGUUGCAGACUCAGACGCUCGCGAAGAGACGAUUCCGUCAGAGACCGCGUCCGUUGAUGACCAACACAGUGCACAUCAAGAGAUUCACUUGUCGUCCGCGAUAGGCUCACCAGUAUCGAAGGCUGGCGCAUCGCCGCCAGUCGAGCAAAUACUAAUAACAGAGGCUCGUGAUAACGAAAGACCAAUAGGAAUUGGGCUAUCGAAGGCGCGGACGUUGCGCAAGCUGAAAAGUUCUGUCGACAAUACAGGCCUUCGAUCUGCAACGAAAACAAGAGAUGAGUCCACAUCACGUAGCUCCGGUUUCCACGACCCAGCACUUCGACCACGAAAGAGAGAUGUUGCAUUGAGCUUCUUCGACACUUUGAGUGGCAAGAGAGUACCCCCUUUUAAUGGGCACAAACCUGUGAAGGAGAAGCAUUUUGCAGUGUCGCGCUCUGCGUGCGCACAGGAUAAUUUCUGCCUUCUCUUCCAUAUGAUGAGUCUUAAUCAUGAGACCGUCGACAUAAUCUGGAACUCGAAAACUCGCGAGGCGCUUCAGAAAUCUCUUUCCGCCGCAAUCCAAAGCUUCACUCGAUUCCGGCAUACUGUCGGGGGCAUGAAGACCCGAUGGAAUUAUGAAGAUUUUAGCGUGUCGUACCCAAGCCUAGCUCAUGAGGUAGUGGUCGCUGGGUGUUACAUCAGAAUUUUGGCCAACUUAACUGAAAAAAUGUCAUUUUCCAAGGCAGCUGCGGACGAAGACGGAUUCACCACGUUGAACCCGGAACAGACCUGUGUAAGAGAACCCGCGGUAGUCCUGGUUGCGCUUUAUGUGCGCAUGCUCCGAGAAAGAGUUCUUGCUGAGUACAAGAACGACUUGGACACAUCAAUCCUUUGCAUUAAGAGUAUGGGUGUUGUGGCUGCUGCUCAUGCUGGAUGUGCAAAUGCCAUGGGCUCUGAGGAAGCUGAGCAUUUAUGGACGGUGAUGAGUGAGACAGUGCAUGCUUCGGUUCUGGAGAGCAUCCUCCACACGAUGCGCGCGUUGUGCCAACACCCCGAAAUUGCGCGACAAGUGUUACGCAACAAUCGCAACUUGGAGAUGACAUUUCAGCUUCUCCACUCGGUGCACGCAACUGAUCGUGGUACUGCCGACAUUGUUGAGCCCAGAAGACUUUGGGUUCUCGAAACUGAUGGAGGCGAAGUGCUUGGAUCUUUCAGUGUGAAUGAGCUCAAGCAAAAACGCGACGAAGGUUAUGAUCUGAACUCAUACUGGGUAAAACGCCGGGACGAACCAUCAUGCGAGGCAUUGAUUACCAGGGCAAAAGUCAUGGAGAUCGCUCAGUUGCGUUGGGAGGUGGGUAUAUCUGGGGAACUUCGUCCGCUGCAGAUGGCACACGACGCGAUCAGCAUCUUAUUUUCCAUAGCGCGCUGCAACUCGUUGCAUUGCGACAACAAUUAUCAUGGCAGUGACUCAAUGUCGCCCAUAUUUCCUUGGCCUCUAGGGCAGACGAUGCUGUGGAAAUUCGUCAGGAAAAUUAUUCCUGUUUUGGUUCGCAGCAAUCAUCCUCAACUUUGGGAGAAAGCGGCAUCACUUCUGGAGUUCUUGUAUUCCGAUUGCCAACGGAUCAUUGAGAUUGAAGAAGACACUACAAAUCGUGGAUCCUUAUUUUCCUGGGGUUUGUUCUAUUUGGCAUUUACGGUCGAGGCAUCCGAUUUCAGUGCCAUGACAGGUCUAUUAAAAGCUACUCAUCUCCGUCAGAAUGGAUUUAAUGGAACGAGUGCAUUAAACGGUAUUUUGCCUCAGGGCAUGAUCAAUUUGCUGGAGGACUCCACCUCGUCUGAGUUUACGAACGUCUUCUGUGAGGGUCAACAGUCUCCUCAAGUCAUUUGGACUGCUGAUAUGCGAAAGCACUUGCGCACCCUGUGUCGAACCCACUUGCAAGACUAUGCUGAUAUAUUGGAAGAAGACGCGUCUCGUGAGUGGCGUUUUUGUGCCAUGGCGCCGGCCGUGUUUCCAGAGCUCUCCAACGAGUUAUUGUGUGGUGGGCUUUACUUGGGCCAAUUUUGUGAGAUGGAGACUUACACUGUCUCGGACCCUUUAGAUUUUACUGACCAGCUGAUGAAGGAGUGGCGAGCCGAAGCAAGCCGACGAGAAAUCGCCAUUACUGUUGCUCAAGCACAGCAAACUCUAGGAGUUACCGACGUCAAAAACUGUGACGCCACUCUUCGCGCUGGCUUUAAGAAGAAGACUAGAGCCCUGAAAGAGUCGGACAACGGUUAUGCCGAGAGGCUAGAUCAACUCCGGGAGGCAUACCGAGUUCUCACAUGUCCACGGCUGACUUUACUGUCUGCCGGACACGAUCCUUGUAAUUUACAGCUACUGCUGCAUUCCUUAGUCAUUAUGUGCAAGCACUAUCCCGAGUGUCUGGUCGAUUACGAGUUCGACGCUUACGACCUCCUGCUUCCUCUCUUGGCUUCUCAUUGCUCCGCAGAUGGAGUCCUCCCAAUCGGCACAACCGAGGGUCAGACGCUAAAGAUUUCCGUUUGUGCAGCGGAGCUUAUCUUCAACACAUGCGCAAUAUCAGCUAUCAAUUGGGAGCUGCUCCUAUCACACUCAGAAUUGAGUACGUUAGAGAAAGUGGUGAAUUUCUGCAUUGAUUCAGUUGUUGGCUGCGAGACUGCAGUGAGCCCUGAGUUGCUGAAGGUGUGUCUGCUUGUAUUCCAAACGAUCACUGGUCUAUUGGCCUUUCCUCGGGGUCGGGGCUGGAUCGCGGAGUCAUCGACAUUGCCGGUGGAUAUGGUUCGUAUACUUUGGGUAUGGAAUCACGCUGGACAGAAAUCGUAUAUGCUAGCAAAGCUCACACAGCAGGUUCUCGAAGGCAUUUCAAGGAUGACUGAGUUGGAGAAAAAUCAGACACGUCUGGUUCAGUAUGGGAUAUUGUGGCAACUUUUUAAACUCUUCUCGACGUAUGACAUAGAGCUCGACGAUGCUAUAGUUCAUGCUCGAUUGCAAGAAAGUUUUGUUUAUGAGGAAGAAGAGUUUACAGCUGUGGCGUUAGAAGUUCAGAAUAUGUUAGCCGUCAUGUCCGUUCGUGCUCUGUGUAGACUCGGGGGUCUGUUUGCUGAAGACAAGGGGCUACAAACUCCGCUUAACCCUCUCGUUAAGCACGCUGCAGACGCGCUGAUGACUCCUAAUUUGUCGCAGUUGCUGCUACUUAGCAGUCAUCACGAUUUUUUGAAGAUCUUCCACGGAGAAUGUGAAUCGUACACACUAUUUUGGAACCGUGACAUGCGCCAAGAGCAAAUGAACUUCGUGUCGCCAAGGGCCAGUCUCGAGCCCCGUGUUUGUACAGACGAAAAUUGCGUGGAGGCUAUUGAGUUCCGAUUUGUGUAUUUGGCAGACUUGCUGUAUGUAGGUGGCAUGUACGUCAAAAUGCUCAUUGGAAGCAUGCAAGUCAUCGAGAGAAGUUUGGUUCCGGUGCUUCUGGAUGAUUUGGGUCUCACAGCGACAUUUUUUGAGGACUUGUUUUCUUUUGUUGAUAAUGGAGAGCUUACUUGCCCGCAGCUUGUAACUGAGGAAGGGGUCGUACUAAAUCUUCCGCCAUAUGCUGGUUGGAGCAUUGACAAAGAGCGGCGAAUAACGGCGGAUCGCGUUACUGCUCUGAAAUGCUUGUCAGUCACAGCUUCCGUAGCCCCGGUGCUAGUAGAGAAAAGUUUGAUAGCAAACAAAACUGCAAUGAAGAUGUUGAUGCGACUUCUGUUUCCACCGGACAACGAAGUCCACCAAACCGAAGACGCAAAGAAAUGUCUCGCACCGAACCCGCUGCUGUAUGUCCCAUGUCGGCUGCAUUGUAUGGCGACACUACAGGUGUUGUCUACACUGCCAGAUUUCGGGACAGUCUCUUUAGAGUUUGGCAUAUGCCACAUUCUUAUCGAGUUGGUGCAUGUUUGCCAAGACGUUGGUCCAGAGGCACUCGGAAUCAUCCGUAAUCUUUGCGCUAACGGAGCUGGAUUGAAGUGUGCGAGAAAAAUUCUUCAAUCGGGCAUUUAUUUAGAGUUUAUCGGCUGGCUGUUGCUUGUGAGGGAAACCAUUGUUGAUGAAGACUUCGAUGCUGCUGAGCGAUUGCGCAUCCCGUCGGCAAUGAUUCUGUCGGAAAUGGUCAAGGAUGGAGCACCACUGAAUAUCGAAUCGAGGCACGCACUAUGCCGCUUUUUUCCUCCUGCGAUCGUUCGAGUAAUAGCUGCAAGCCCAGAAAUGAUUGUGGAGUAUAUUCUGGCUGACCAUAUGACACCAGAGCUUGUGUGGAACGUUGAUUUCCGCAACCACCAACGGAACAGUAUCGGCGAUUUCCUCGAUAUCUACUUCUCAUCAAUAUCAACCACCCAAACGGACGAUGGUGAGUUCUUGUCGGUGGUCGACUCGUUCGAGAUCGAUUACAGCUCGGUUUACCCGGCUCUUAGGGCUGGCAACGUGUAUCUCACGCUGUUCAUGGAGGACCCAACAUUCAGUUUGUACGAUCCUUUGUAUUUUAUGACGUGCUUGUGGUCUGAGUUCGAAAUCCUGUUUCGACAACUCGCUCACGUGACAUCAGCCCUCCGUGCAACGAUGGCACGUGUGGAUGAAGAGAUGGUCCAGCGGGAUAUUGACGCAAUCGAUCUAGUCGGGUCGUCUCUAGUCUGUCUACUUCAGGUUGAAACGUCGACUCUGGACAAGAUGGCGGAGCUGCAAAUCUUUGCAAAGUGCUGCAACUAUCUGAACGACACAGUCCGUUCUGAAGCUUGUGAGCCAUGCGUUAUUAACGUAGUGCGUAUCGUACGAGUUUGUAGCAUGUCCCGCGCUUGCAUUGCGUCGGUGCAGCCGAUGUGCUCCACGUUGUUAUCGUGUCUGAUGGCAAUCGCUAAUCCCGUCCGAGGAGGUUCGCUGCACUAUGAGGGUGGCUUUGUUCUCGAGAUCGUCCGACAGAUAAUUCUAAAUUAUCCGGAGCACGGCGACCACGAUGCGAGUGCAGGUAUCGUGUACCUUGCGAGUCGGCUGAAUUUGUUCGGGUUCCUGUGUAACAUUCUAGACAGUCCUGGUGAGAUUGGCAACGUUAAGGAGCCACACAUUGUGCGCGCUGAGGCUAUUGAGAUAUUGAAUAUGCUGGAAAAGGACCGUGUACAAGCAACCACCGCUCACCAAAUAUUGAAAAAGCACAAGAAGUGGCAGAAAAGCUACCGGCACGAAGCCACCGACGUGAUCACGUCCAUGUCCAUCGAAGACCCAUUUAUGCAGACCUUGUACCCCAAGGCAGAUCACAUCAUGCGCGAGUUUACGCGUGCGCAGACACGCCAAAGGUAG